GUUGGGGCGGGGCACGCGAUGGAGAGCAGAUCUGACCGCUGGAGCCACCUUCUCGCUGCUGUCCAGGAGCCUAGCCAGGACCUGGCACAGCUUGAAUCCCAUCCCGGGCACCUGCCACUGCCGCCCCUCUUGAAAGGGCUCACAUCCGGUGGCACUGGGCAGCAGAGCUGGCCUCUGAAGUACAGGCUGAGAUCGCAUCUGUCUCCGGGCACCUAGGAUACCUGCAGCUGCCCCACCAUGCUGCUGGCAUCCACCAUUUCUGCUGUGCCUACGACCCUGUCUCCCCCUAGCCCUUCCAGCAACAGCAGCCAGGAGCAGCCACUGGAUGCCCGGGACCCAUUGCUAGCCCAGGCGGAACUGGCCCUGCUCUCCACAGUCUUUGUGGCAGUGGCCUUGGGCAAUGGCUUGGUGUUGGGGGCCCUGGUACGGCGAGGCCGGCGCGGCCGCUGGGCACCCAUGCAUGUCUUCAUCGGUCACUUGUGUCUAGCUGACCUGGCUGUGGCUCUGUUUCAAGUGCUGCCCCAGCUAGCCUGGGAUGCCACCGACCGUUUCCAAGGCCCCGAUGCCCUUUGCCGGGCCGUCAAGUACCUGCAGAUGGUGGGCAUGUACGCAUCCUCCUACAUGAUCUUGGCGAUGACGCUGGACCGCCACCGUGCCAUAUGCCGUCCCAUGGUGGCCUACCGCCAUGGUGGUGGGGCUCGCUGGAACCGGCCAGUGCUGGUGGCCUGGGCCUUCUCGCUCCUUCUCAGCCUGCCGCAGCUCUUCAUCUUUGCCCAGCGUGAUGUGGGCGAUGGCAGUGGGGUCUUCGACUGCUGGGCCCGCUUUGCGGAGCCGUGGGGCCUUCGCGCCUACGUCACCUGGAUAGCACUGAUGGUGUUUGUGGCACCUGCCCUGGGCAUCGCCGCCUGCCAGGUGCUCAUCUUCAGGGAGAUUCAUGCCAGCUUGGUGCCAGGGCCAUCCGAGAGGGCUGGGGGGCGCCGCAGAGGGCACCGGCCUGGAAGUCCUAGUGAGGGAGCUCGAGUGUCGGCAGCUAUGGCCAAGACCGUGAGGAUGACGCUGGUGAUUGUGAUUGUUUACGUGCUUUGCUGGGCGCCCUUCUUCCUCGUGCAGCUGUGGGCCGCGUGGGACCCAGAGGCACCUCGGGAAGGGCCGCCCUUUGUGCUGCUCAUGCUGCUGGCCAGCCUCAACAGCUGCACCAACCCCUGGAUCUAUGCUUCCUUCAGCAGCAGCGUCUCCUCAGAGCUGCGCAGUUUGCUGUGCUGUGCUCGGAGGCGCGCUCCACUCAGCCUGGGUCCCCAAGAUGAGUCUUGUGCCACUGCCAGCUCCUCCCUGGCCAAGGAUACUUCAUCCUGAGCAACGGUGGGCUCCUUCCUUCUGAAGUCUCCUUGCACUUCAGCUGCUGGUCUGAGAUGGGCUCUGGGGGCCACAGGGAGGAAGCUGCGCAGAGAACUGGCUGGAGUCUGGGGCCCUGUCAUGGUUUUACUAUGUGGCUCGGGGCAAAGCCCCCUCACCAUCUCCCAUGUCCCCUGGAGGACUGUAGGCUCUAGGACUGUAAGGGGCCCUUUGAGUCAGCUCCUUUGUGCCAAGAAUGAGAGACUGAGACAGAGGGCCACCGGAUCUGGGGGUGGCAGGUAACACAAGUGCAUGUGCCUCCCCCCAGGCGAGAGAGAGGUCCAGAGAGCCAAAGAGGAAGGAGCAGGGCAGGGCCAAGGAACUUUUUAGUCUGUGCCUUGCUAUACUCCCCCUCCCUCCCUCUCUCCCCCUCCCCCC